AUGAUGGACGAGGCAAUGGCUGUGCCAAGACAGAUGCCUAUCUGGCCAAUGGUACACCUGGUAGAACAGGUUGGUUCCGUAGCCGUACAGCAGCUGCGGCACGAACUCGUAGAUCCAGAACGAGUUCUUGUUGGUGUGGUCGAUUCUGGUGAUCCAGAUGGACAUACCGAGACACACGGCGGCAGACCAGAUGAGCAGGGGCUUGCUGCCGAGUUUCUGCUGCAUCCAGGGUCUGUAGAUCACUGCGCCGAUGAUGAUGCCCGCGGAGGUGCAGAACACCUUGCCCGCCGCGAGCACAGCAGAGUUGCCGUCGACAAACUCGUGGUAGAGCAGCAGCGACGUCAUGAGCGCGGUGAACCCGGCGUAAUUGGCCGUGAGGCCGACCAGGAAGGGCACGAAAUUGGCGAUUUUCGCCACCUCUGCCGGGAACAGCACCACCAGUUUGGCUCUGUAGGUGUCGAGCGACGGGUGUUUCUUCUGGUACGGUCUGACGUAGACGUUUUCGAAGAGCAGCACGCCCAGCACCAUGACAAAGCCGACGGGGAUGGUGACGUACACCUUUGGCGAGUGCCAGCGGGUGCCGGCCUCUGUGAGGCCGCAGAUGACGAGCAGCAGGCCGCCGACCAGGAAGAUGGCGCCGCCGUAGUUGAGGUAUUUGGAGCUGAGGAGGUCGUGCUCUUUGGUUCUUUCAACGGGCACCACAAUGAAGAAGAGCACGAUGGAGGUGAGGAAGCUGACGGCAAACGAGAAAUAGAAAAACGCGCGGUAGCCGAUGCUGGUGAGCGAGAACGCGCCGCCAAGCACGACUCCAAGCCCGAGCGACGCGCACAGAGCAACCAUCAUGUAGUUGAUGGCGGCGCCGAGCUUCGGGCCCUGGAAGUAGUUGCCGCAGAUCCCCACGGCGCUCGGGAUGAGCGAGGCGCCCGCAAUGCCCUGGAACGCGCGGAACACAAUCAGCGGGAUGAUGUCGCUGGUGAUGACGGCGCAGAUGAGGUUCAUGAUGGACAUCACAAACAGCCCGAACGUGAACACCUUGUGGAGGCCGUGGAUGUCGCCCAGCUUGCCAAACAGCAGGAUGAACGCGCCGAGCGUGAGCGCGUACGCAGAAACCACCCAGGUGGCCUCCGCGGUGGUGGCCCCCAUCUCUUUCUGCAGACUCUCGGUCAUGCUGAACGCGGCGGCCACGUUGAGGUUGUCCAUGGCGGCGCCCACCAGGAUGAAGGCGUACGCGAGCUUCUUGGACCGGUACUUGUCGUCGACGAGGUUGCGCACUCGGAGAAGCGAGGCGGUAGCAGAACUAAGAAACUUCAUUGCUGGCUCUCACAGGAAACCAGCGGGCCUUAUAUAGCUGUCUGGGCUGAGCGCCGCAGACAGCGUCUGACAAAUCCGAUUGCCACAUCGCUGCGUCACACGAGCCAAAAUGUGCCUGGCAAUUUCUUGUCUCCGAGAAGAAUUCGGAAAUAA